GCGUCACCGGCGGCUCCGGGGGCCAGAGUGCAGCGGGGACACCGGAACGCUGUGUCACCGGCUGACAGCAACACCAUGCCGGGAUGGAUGACGGGAGUUUAACCAGGCAGUGACCACCAAACUCACAGGUGAAAGUUUCUCCAUCGUUUGGUGUCUACAAACUCUGGUGAAGUCUCUUGGUGCAGACUAGGAAGACCACAGCAGGCCCACCGCCACCAUGAUGUCCAAGUCAGCUCUCCUGAAGGUGAUCCUCCUGGGCGACGGCGGCGUCGGCAAAUCGUCGCUCAUGAACCGCUACGUCACCAACAAGUUUGACUCGCACCUCUUCCACACUAUCGGCGUGGAGUUCCUCAACAAGGAGCUGGAGGUGGACGGGCACCACGUCACUCUGCAGAUCUGGGACACGGCGGGUCAGGAGCGCUUCCGCAGCCUCCGCACGCCUUUCUACCGCGGCUCCGACUGCUGCCUGCUCACCUUCAGCUUGGACGACGGACAGAGCUUCCACAACCUGGACAACUGGAAGAAGGAGUUCGCUUAUUAUGCCGACGUGAAGGACCCUGACAGCUUCCCCUUUGUGGUUCUGGGCAACAAACUGGAUGUCCCCGAACGUCAGGUGUCAGGGGAGGAUGUGAGACGGUGGUGCCGUGACAACGGCGGACACCCGUACUUUGAGACAAGCGCCAAGGAUGCUACAAACGUGGCGUCGGCCUUCGAGGAGGCGGUGCGCCGUAUCCUGGCGCUGGAUGACAGAGCUGAUCACCUCAUCCACACCAACACAGUGGACUUAGAGAAGAAGACUCACUCUGAUCCCACCUGCUGCUGAGCCGAGUGACCCAGCAGGAGCGCACGAGAUGCUUCUGCAGUCGUCACGUACUGUAUGGGUGUGAUGUGUGUGGUUUGUGAUUCUACAAAAAGAGGAACUGGUGUUUGCUCAGCAGCUUCUGUACAAAUCCUGGUCGACUUUUGACUCUCGACCAGGAUCAGCAAUUUUAAGCCAAACAUGAUAUAUGUUAGACCAAAACUGACAAUGUUUUGUCCCCAUAUUCUGCAUUUUUACACCAUCAAGAGACAAAAAACUGCCCUGGAUCAGCUUAUAUUUGGUUCCUUUUGGAGACAUAAUUAUUAAUUUAUGAAAAACAUUAAAAAAAACCUUUAAUAAAAUAACAUUUCUGAUA